AUGGCGGAAAAUUUAAAAGGUUCGCGCGGGGUGGCGGGAACCGGCGGCGGGAACGGCGCGCCGCUUCGCGCGCUUUCUUCCCGCGGCGCGCGCGGCGACCCCCCAUCGUGCUCCGUGUGCUGCAAGUCCUCAUGGCCGCAGCUGCAGGACCUGUGCCGCCGGGAGCAGCUGCAGUGCCGGGCGCUCGGCAUCAGCCGCCGCAACCUGGGCGACUUCGAGGUGGAGUACCUCUGCGACUACAAACGCGUGCGGAACGAGGAGUUCUACCUGGUGAAGUGGAGGGGAUACCCCGAGGCCGCCAACUCGUGGGAGCCCCGCAAGAACCUGCGUUGCCGGGGGCUCUUGAAGCAGCUCCAUCAAGACCUGGCCCGUGCUCCCGGGGGUCCGGUGCAGCCCGGUCCUCGGGGGCUGCCCGCCCGCGCUGUUUCCUACCUGAUGCAAAAGGCAGAGCAGCGCCGGGCGCUGCGGUGUUGGGAGCAGCUCCUCAACAGCACCCGCAGCCACCGGGGCCGUAUCAGGGUGGAGAACGAGGUGGACUUGCACGGGCCCCCCCGGGACUUCGUUUACAUCAACGAGUACAAGGUGGGGCCCGGCGUCAACCUGACGCCGGUGGCUGUGGGUUGCGAGUGUCAGGAUUGCAUGGCGGAGGCGGCGGGCGGUUGUUGUCCCGGUGCUUCCCACAACAAGUUCGCCUACAACGAGGCGGGUCAGGUGCUGAUCCGAGCGGGGCUGCCCAUCUACGAGUGCAACUCGCGGUGCCGCUGCGGCGCCGACUGCCCCAACCGCGUGGUGCAGAAGGGCAUCCGCUACGACCUCUGCAUCUUCCGCACCGGCAACGGCCGCGGAUGGGGCGUGCGCACCCUCGAGCGCAUCCGCAAGAACAGCUUCGUCAUGGAGUACGUUGGGGAGAUCAUCACGUCGGAGGAGGCGGAGCCGGGGCAGGUUUACGACCGGCAAGGGGCUACGUAUCUCUUCGACCUGGAUUACGUGGAGGACGUGUACACGGUGGACGCGGCGCACUACGGCAACAUCUCCCACUUCGUCAAUCACAGCUGCGACCCCAACCUGCAGGUGUACAACGUGUUCAUCGAGAACCUGGACGAGCGGCUGCCGCGCAUCGCGCUCUUCGCCACCCGCUUCAUCCGCGCCGGCGAGGAGCUCACCUUCGACUACAACAUGCACGUGGACCCAGUGGACGCCGAGAGCACCCGCAUGGACUCCAACUUCGGGCUGGCAGUCGGGGGCUCGCCCCGUGCCCGGGGCCGUAUCGAGUGCAAGUGUGGGGCUGCCGCUUGCCGCAAGUACCUCUUCUGAGCCAGGCAGCGCCGAGGCAAACACGCUUGUUGAACACA